CACAACUAUGAUUAUUAGUAUGUACUUUCUCUAUGUCACAACUCAAAUUAUAAUUCAUUAUACUUAAUUUUAAGGCAGUCUAGUCUGAUAAUUCACUCUGGUUUCACACUGAACGAAACAAACAUUUUGCUUUCUUAUACGAGCCGUUUUGACUAAACUUUUCCUAAUUAUCUCACUUUUAUAUACGUGUAUUUGUUUCAGUCGAAGCUAUAGAAGGAAAAGGAAGAAGAAAUACUGGUGUACAAUUAUAAUUUAUAUCGUUUUCUUUUCCAGGCUGUGCAUUAAUCAGAGACUCUAUUUAUUUAGUACCAUAGAUAGAAAUUCUUCUUGAGACCAUAAAUACACUCAUUUUAUUUAUUUUAACUCUGUUACCGGUCUCGGAAAUAUUCGGACUGAAAAAUAGUAAUUUAGACGCUAAUGGCUGUAAAAAAGUCGCCGGUGAGUAAAGAUUUAUAGAUUCGAUUGUUGUUUACCCCUCAUGCCUUCAACUAGCAAAUUGUAAUGCGAUGUUACAUUGAUCUUUUGUGAAUGAAAAGACCUUUUCUUAUGCGUUCUCUACAUUCUUCGUAUUAAGUGCAUGGUUCUCUGUUUAGCUACAAAAAGAAAUUGAAGAAAACACGAUAUCAACAGCAGCGCUGCUUUCUGUCAUAGCAGCAAAAAAUCAAGCUAUAGCAGUUAAAGACGCAACUAUAGCAGCUAAAGAUCGUGAAAUUGCGGAAUUAAAAGCUAAAUUAAGCCAAAAAGAUGAUGAUGAAGAUUCGAAAGGGAAACACGAUAAAGAACGGGAAGAAGAUGAACAGAAGGAUGGUAUUUAG